AUGUCCUUACCGAAACCCCCCUCGUCUUUGGACGGCUCGUGCUCUGUUAUUUUUGACAACACGCUUUAUUCAUACUCACCUCAAGGAUUCUUGUCCCUGUCUCUGGAAAGCGGCGCGGAAUGGAAGAAGCUACCUCAGGGAGUGGCAGUGACUGGAGGGGCUUGCGUCGAGACCAACCCCAAUGAUGCUGCCAAUGCCGCACUCUUCAUUGUUGGAGGAACCGCUGCAGGCGACUAUAACGGACUCCAAAAGUACACAUUUUCAACAGGCAACUGGACAACCAUCACCCCUUCGGUUCCGGUCACGCAGAAUCGUUUACACCACGGAGCCACCUACAUCCAGGCCGACGAUGUCAUCUUGGUGUACGCCGGUAGCCAAGACGGUAGCACUGGUCCCUCCUCACAAACAUUCACCAUCCAGGCUUCUGAGCCGUACGCAGCUCGUUCGUUUCAAUCCAGCGCCACGCCCGCUAUUUCUCCCUUCCUUACGAGCUGGACCAACAGUGAUGCUGCCAUGAUGAGCGGCGAUGGCGUCGACGGUAACAUCUACUGGUUCAACCCUCAAGCCGGCUGGAGAUAUUCUGGUGCUGGCUUGUCCAAGCCACUCAACACAGGCUCUGGCUCGGUAACCGCCGCACUGGUUUCUGGAGAUGAUGGGUCCAAGAGUCUCUAUACUUUUGACUUGUCACAGUCUCCCAACGCCGUCACCCGCACCAUCGUGCAAGAUGCUGCCGGCAAUCCCCUCCCCAGCUCUGCUCCUAUUGCUGCACGAAGCAUCGAGCAACGCGGUUUGACCCUGGGCAACUGGCCUGACUACAACUCAACAUUGGCCCCCACUACUACUCGAACAAAUUUCGCCGUGGCCCAGGCACCUGACGGCACUGUAGUCUUUUCUGGUGGAAACGACCAGGUUCCACUUGCUAUUUUCAAUGCCGACAAGAACGGCUGGGUCGAUGCCAAAGCUCUGUUGGAUGAUCAGCAGAUUUCUAUCCAAGAUAUCUCUUCCUCAUCAACAACUCCGGCGUCGAAGACCAAGACGACCUCUAGCGCGCGACACACGUCGACAACACACUCUACCUCGACCGCGACUACGGAUUCUCCUUCGACAACUGGUUCGUUUACCGGCUCAUUCACCGGCACUGCAACGGGAACUGCAGCCCCUGGUAUAUCCGACUUGUCUGUCCCUGCCCUCCCAACUGGUACUGGCAGUGCAAGCGACGACUCCGGUCCUAGCUCCAACGCAAUUCUUGGUAUCACUCUCGGAACCAUUGCUGGAUUCCUCGCGCUUCUUGGUCUUAUUCUUCUCCUUCUUCGCUGCCGCAGAAGGCAGCAGCUCCACCCUGAAACAGGAAAGCCAAAGACGCCUCCUAUCAACGAGAAGAGCAAUGCUGUCUUUGCGCAGAGCACGUUUGCGAAAGGCACUCUUCCCCCGCAAGUGGCAAAGCAGUUCAAAGGCCAUCAACACACGGCAUCUUCAGAGUCAACCUCUUCAAUGGCGAUUUUGAUGGGCCGCGUGGGCCAGCACAAGCCACAAAAGCUUAGCAACGACUUCAAGAGCCAGAUUAGCAAGCCUAUUCUCCAACCACAGCAAGCCCCUAUUCUUUCUGUUACUGACGAGAAGGGCGAUCCUUUUGAAGAUUCAGCCGCUGAGCUUCGACCUCAAGAAGGACUUGCAGGAGCAGAUGAUGGCACUCGAAGAAGUUCGGGCUGGAAUAAAUACUGGUCAGGGGGAAGUGCGCUGAACAUUCUCGGAUAUGGAGCGCCACAGCCACCUGCACAAGCAUCUGCACCCGCCGCACCCGCACAAGCAUCCGCACAGAGAGCCACGGUUGUAUCGGACCGAAGCUCCCACUACUCACAAUCUCACUUCUCACAAGCACCUACCACACGUAAUGUCAGAGCAACGCAAGAUUCAGCCACGGUUCCGCCUCUUAACUUUGAAGCCCCUCCUGGGAUGAACAGAGUCAAUACAGGAAGCCCAGUCGUUUCAUCCUACCCGGAUAUUCCUUGGAAAGAAGGCAUGUCCGGAAAGAUUGAGCGACCUGUCUCAGCGGUCUCGGCACUGUCAGCAACAUCGUCAGGCUAUUCGAGUGGAAUCCCCGAGAGCAUCCAAGAGUCGUGGGAUCCCACGCAUGCUGGAAAGUCAUGGGGUGCCAACCGGGCCCCGAGCAGUGCAUAUGCUCCCAGCAUAGUAUCCAGCGCUCAGCCCCAAGGACUGGGCGUGAGCAAGCAACCUAAGCUUGCCACGGCGUCGACAUCAAAUGACAUGAGCUGGCUCAACCUUGGUGAGAAUUCACGGGUGUGA